AUGUUUCAGAGGAUCAAGAACAUCAUGAGACUCUUCCUCGGCUCCAAUCUCUUAAAGAAGGGAGUAACCUGGGGAUUUUUCAAGGGAUCAAUAAUAUUUGCUCUUGGAUUCCACACAAAUCGUGCUUUAAACCCCAAUUUAGGAACAGUGAUUAAAGAAGCCGAACAGUCGUUGGAUGAAGCCAUGUCCUUAUCAGAUGAGUGCGAUGCUCGCAUAGCCAAGCUUAAAGAAACUCGAAAGUUAAUGGUCCAUCUAAUGCAGUUGUAUGAUGCUCGAAUGGCUGAGUUGGAAGAAGUUAAAAAAGCAAAUGGACGAUAG